UUUUGUCUCUGGUUCUGGGACCUUUAUCUUCUGACCCACAGGCUUGGCUUUGCCCUUAUCUUCUUCUUUGUGGUGAAGAGCAGUCUUCCCCAGGCUCCCCUUUGCCACAGCUUUAUCUUCUCUGCACCUCGACUUCGAAGAUGGAAGGGGAAGGGGUUCAACCCCUGGAUGAGAAUCUGGAAAAUGGAUCAAGGCCAAGAUUCAAGUGGAAGAAGAUGCUAAGGCUGGUGGUCUCUGGGAUCAAGGGAGCGGGGGUGUUCCUGUGCUUCAUCUAUGUGUGCCUGCAACUCUCUUCAUCUCCGGAGAAGUACCCUACAACCCAAAGACUCAGAGCACCAAUUACCAGAUGUGAAAAUGGGAGACUAUUCAUCAGCUUAUCCAAGACUGAGUAUCAAACCAUGGAGGUGCAGAAUAAUUCAGUCAUCAUCAACUGCGACGGGCUUUAUCUCGUCUACCUGAAGGGCUCCUUUUUCCAGGAGGUCAAGAUCAACCUUCAUUUCCGGAAGGAUCAAAAUCCAAUCUCUAUGCCAAUGCUAAACAAUGGUCAAAGAGUUGUCUUCACUGUGGUGACCUCUUUGGGCUUCAAAGAUAUAGUUUACCUGACUGUAAAUGCUACUGAUACUCCCUGCGAACAUCUCCAGAUAAAUGAUGGGGAACUGAUUGUUGUCCAGCUAACCCCCAGUAGAUACUGUGCUCCUGAAGGAUCUUACCAUAUCGCCGUGAACCAAGGACCACUGUGAAUCCCACUCUGAGGAUGGACGGGACACAGGUUCUUUCUUAUGAGAGAUGAGUCCAUCCUGCUCAACUCUAUGAGAUGUCACCGAAUGCAGAUCCUCCCCUACUUCCUCACUCAGGGAUAUUUAAAUCUCAUGUCUUAUGUAACAGUUGACCUCUCAUUCCCAGGACUGCCUUGAGUCUGCUAAGAGCUCUAUUGGGAAUGAAAAAGAUAAAUGUCUCUUCAAGUUACAUUGUUUCUGUUGGUCAGAACAUCAUUGUAAUAAACAUCUGUCACUGAAAAUGGCACUUGAUUACUAUCUUCUAGAAUUUUGACAUUGUCAAAAGAAAGAGCAAAGAAUGGGGCUGUGAGUCUGGAAAGGGUGGUGUCUAGCAGCCAGUAGGAGCUGGCGUGCUCUAUCCAAGGUUAAGGUGAUCAAAGUUUACAUGUUGCCUAAAACUGUCUCUCAUCUCAUGGGAGCUCAGAAAGAAGAUCAGCCCGUGGAAACCAGGACUUGAGGACAACUGUUUAAGCAAUGAGGUGCACUCUGAGCUUCUCUCAUUAUCUCUCUUCUUUCCUGGCCUCCGAGUAUAUGUAAUAGGAAAACUUCCUUCAAAGAGCUAGCUAGGGACUAUGAUACCACAGAUGUACCACAUCAGUGAUGUAAAGAAAACCAGUAGAGCUUUGUUUUCUUUG